UAAUUGAAACCAUCCUAAAGCUCAUUUUUCAUUAAUACAGAGAUAGACCGGAUUAUUGCUGACUUAAGCAUUGGAGUGUCUACCCCGAGGACUUAUCUCGGGGCUUUGCAGGUUCAUCCGAAGUGAAGACGCAGAUUAAAGAAGGAUCUCUAGUUUGGUGCAAUUACAUUUGGCGUUGUCUGUGGGAAACCAAACUGAAAGCUCUCUUGUUGCUCUCUCAUCAUGGUUAACACUCGAUCAGUCCGAGCUGGAAAUCCAUCUCUGCCUCUUGGACAAGGUCAACUCCCCAACAAUCUCCCACCUCCCCUCCCACUUUAGAUUCUAAAUAUGUUCCCUCAUGUUGAUCAUGGAGAAGGAGGAGAUGAGAACCAACCUCACAACUCAACUCACAACUCAGCUUCCACCGCCAACCAAGAUGUAGUUACAGCUCAACUUGCUGCCAUGCAACAACAGUUUGGUGUCUUUCAGUUAGUAUUGGCUCAGCUCUUGGCUCGAAACAACCCUAGUGAUCCCCUCAUCAAUUUACUCAACCUUGCUCCACAACCCCCAACUCCACAGCAAGACCCUCAGCCAGCUCAACAUGCUCCUGCUCUUAGUGAAUCUCAAGGUGCCCCACCUCCACACCAUACUGCUGACUCCAUACCACAUCCUCUGAACACCAACAUCACAUUGGAACCCUAUCCUGCUAGCUUUAAAAUACCUCAGCUUGAGACUUAUGAUGAGACGAAGGACCUCGAUGAUCACCUAAAUGCUUUCUACUCUUUUGUGAUCUCAGGUCUUAACCAUGAGAGAUUCAGAGAUAGUCUGCUCAAGCAUCCUGCCACCACCUUUAGCGAGGUAAAUAAUAGAUCCCUGAAAUUCAUAACUGCUGAGGAAUAUGCCUUGUCGCAGAAGCCAUCCCCCUCUAAGAACCAAAACCCAAACUGGAGAAAUGAGAAUCAGAGCAGGAAACGGAUGAGGACAGUACAGAACCGAGGUCCGAUGUCAACCUUCACACCGAGAUUCGGAAGGCCGAACUCAACACCUCCACAACAGUUUGCAAGUAAACCUCCAGUUACUUGGACUCCUUUUAAUCUGCCAAGGUCACAGAUUUUCAUGCAGAUUAAGAAUAAGAUGGAUUUAAGGCGUCCUGGACCAAUGAGAACUACUGCUGCUAGCCGAGAUCAUACUAGAUAUUGCGAUUUUCAUCAAGAUCAUGGUUAUACAACAGAGCAAUGCAACAGCUUGAGAGAACAGGGGCCACAGCCCCAAGGAAUCCGUAAUCCACCAAACAAGCAAGGAGUAGGGCAUCAACAAGCCCCACCUCCACUUCCACCGCCAGCCAGAAUUAUACACAUGAUUACGAGAGGCCUAGGAAAACGGAAGUUUGACGAUGCUGAUUGGAAGAAUCAACCCAUUACUUUCACAUCUGCUGAUUUCGACACAGUCGUCACACCUCACAAUGACCCUCGAGUCACUUCUGUCAUGAUUAACAAUUGUGAGCGGUACGAUGGUUCUAUCUAUGGAUUCAACAACCAACCAGUUCCAGUUGAAGGAGUCCUGACCAUGAAUGUUGCAUUUGGAAGUGGCCGAACAUAUGUGACUCCUUCAGUUUGGUUUCUAGUAGUCAAGAUGGCGUCCUCUUUCAACGUUGUCAUUGGCCGACCCACAUUGAUUGAAAUCCGAGCUGUGGAGGUGGCUAGACAUUGCUAUAUCACCUCGGUAACACAACCUCAGAAGGGCAAAGAUCAAACACCCGAGGCCAUUCCCCAACGGAUUUUUGAUAAUCAGCAAGUCAUGGGUGUUGAAAUAGUAGAUAACCGACCAGAAGAUGAAACCAGAGCUGCUCCAGUCGAAGAUGUCGAGGAAGUGCCCAUUGACGACAAAGAUCUGAACAGAAAGACACAAAUCGGAACACGAUUGAGCCCGGAGGAAAAAGCAGAGCUAAUAGCUUUUCUCUGCGCUAACAAUGAUGUCAUAAAGGAAGAGGUAGAGAAACUUCUACAAGCUGGUUUCGUCAGAAAAGUUGAUUAUUGCGAAUGGGUGGCUAACCCAGUGCUAGUGAACAAGGCAAAUGCGGCUUUAGGAAAUGAGAGAUUAAGUCUCUUGGAUGCAUAUUCUAGGUAUCACCAGGUGCCGAUGGCUCCAGAAGACGAAGAGAAAACCUCGUUCUAUGCUGGUGAUGAUAUCUAUUGCUAUGUCAUGAUGCCAUUUGGCUUAAAGAAUGCAGGUGCUACUUAUCAGAAAAUGGUGACCAUCGUCUUCCGAGCUCAGAUCGGCAAGAAUCUGGAGGUUUAUGUCGAUAAUAUUGUGAACAGAAUGCGGUUAAACCCAGCCAAAUGCAUCUUCAGUGUGGAGUCUGGAAAAUUUCUAGGCUUCAUGGUUUCCCGAAGAUGGAUUGAGGUCAAUCUAGAAAAGAUCAGAGCAAUUGCCGAGAUGGAACCGCCGAAGUCAGUGAAAGAUAUACAGAGGUUAAGUGGAAGGGUGGCAGCUCUUCAUAGGUUCAUAUCAAAGUCAACAGAUAAGUGCCUGUCAUUUUUCAAGAUUAUGAGGUCAGCUGCCCAGAAAGACGAAUCAGGUAAACAAAAGAAGUUUGAAUGGAAUCAAGAAUGCCAAGCCGCAUUUGAAGAGCUGAAGUCUUAUCUUAGCUCACCACCUCUACUGACUAAGGCUAUAGAUGGAGAGAUUCUCUAUUUGUAUCUGGGAAUUUCAGAUGAAGCCAUUAGUUCAAUUCUGGUGAGAGAGGAAGCCAAACAACAAAAGCCAAUCUAUUAUAUUAGCAGCGUGCUGCAUGGUGCAGAACUGAGGUAUCCUAUUGCUGAGAAAGCAGCAUUAGCAGUUGUCACUUCGGCUAGGAAGUUGAGGCCAUAUUUUCAGUCACAUCCAAUCAUCAGAUCUGCAAUCCGAGCUCAAGCACUCGCAGAUUUUAUUGUAGAAUGCACUCCAUGUCAUUCAACCCCUAAUCCAGAGCCCAACAACUGGACCUUAUAUGUUGAUGGGGCAUCUAGUAGCAAGGGUUCAGGAGCUGGUACUCUCUUAAUUGGCCUAGAUGGAUACCGAAGUGAGCAUGCUCUGAAAUUUAACUUCGAUGCAACAAACAACAUGGCCGAGUAUGAAGCUCUGCUACCUGGUCUACAACUAGCAUUGGAGUUCAAAGUUAGGGUGAUCCAAGUGCAGAUUCACUCUAAGUUUACCUCUGAUAGUUCCUUAAGCUCCAGAUCAGUUUUUGUCAAAGUCUUAGAUGAACCAAGUUUCAUGAAGCCACGGAUGAUGGAGAUCAGCAUAAACCUAGACACGCCGAGCUGGACUGACUCAAUUAUCUCAUUUUUACGAGAUGGUAUAGUACUUGAGGACAAGCAGGAGGCAAUGAAGCUGAAGAAGAAAGCAUCUCGGUAUUCACUCAUUGAUGGGGUCCUCUAUAAGAGAUCUUUCUCACUCCCUCUUUUACGGUGCUUUAAUCCCUACGAAGCUGAGUACACGCUUCGGGAGUUCACCUCGGUUUACCAUCCGGAGUCAAAUGGUAUGGUAGAAUCUGUUAAUAAAUGCAUUUUAGAAGGUGAAACACCCUACCACUUAGCCUUUGGUACCGAAGUAGUCAUUCCUAUUGAAAUAGGAGUCCCAAGCUUCCGGGUCACCCAUUUCGAUGAAGGACGAAAUGGACAGCUACUUUGGGAAAACCUUGAUCUGCUUGCCGAAGUCAAAGAAGAAGCACGACUUCGAACUCUUGUAUACAAGCAGAAAUUAGCCAACUUCUACAAUAAACGAGUCCGCCUUCGAACAUUCAAAGUAGGAGACCUUGUUCUUAGAAAGGCUGGUCUAACAGAGUUUGAAACUCGUUUUGGCAAACUGGCCCCAAACUGGGAAGGCCCUUAUACGGUGGCCGAGGUGCCACAUCCUGGUGCCUAUGUCCUCCAAGACACUGAAGGGAAGAGAGUUCCUAGAGUCUGGAAUAUCAAUAACUUGAAGAAAUUUUACCCCAAAUAAAAUUCUUUCAAGUGAUCUAUGUCUUACUGCCCUUUACACUUAUUAUUUCGUGAUUGUUGAUAUUCAUUUUACCUCUUAUUCAGUGUAUCCGAGGUCAAUCAAUUCAACACUCAUUCCUUGAACUUCACUCCUAUUAAUGAAUGUCACUUCACAUA